AUAUACGGCGUUCAUACCCCCGCGUUUCCUCCCCUCUCUCCUUCGCGCCAGAUCCAAUCGAAAAUUUCCAAAGCUUUGCCCAGCGAUCCAUCGAAACCCCAGCCCACGCUUCCGCCAUGUCCGCCGCCGUCGCUGCCCCUGUUCUGUGCGAGGACGACCGGGGGAUCCCCCGAUCCCUCCCCCUCCUCGCGACGCUCGUGGAGGCGGAGGCCCGCCGCUACGCUGCCACCGCCGCAUCCCGACCCGCCGAGACCAGCCUCGUCCGCGCCUUCCGCGGCGGCGCCUCCCCCAAGGUCCCGAUCCGCGCCUUCCUGGAGCGGAUCCACCUGCUGACCCGGUCGAUGCCGUCCACCCGGGGCAUGGUCCGGAUCGAUGGCACCAGCUUCGUGCUCGCCGGCAUCUACCUGACUCGCUUCGUCCGCAGCCGCGUCGGCGGGGAGGCGGGGAUUCUGGUGGAGCCGGCCACUGCGCACCGCCUGGUGGCCGCCGCGGUCUUCCUCGGCGCCAAGUUCGGGGGUCACCCGCCCAGGAGGUGGACCAUGGUGUUCGAGGCCAGUUCGGAAGGUGCGAUCCGCGCCGGCGAGAUGCCGGGGCUCGAGGACCGCUUCCUGCGCGCCAUCGGAUUCCGCCUGUUCGUCGACAGCGAUGGGUUCGACGGGUUCUGCAAGGUCCUAGAGCGGGGGCCUCGGGCGCCAGCGCCAAGCGGCGGCGGCUGCGCCUGCAAGAAGAGGCAGGCGGACGCCGCGGACGGAGAGGAGGACGAGCGCCGCCGCAUCCGCCCUCGCCUGCCGCCGCCGGCCGUCGUGUCCAAUUAGGAUUUGAAUUUCGAGUGUGCAAGGCUGCGAGUAGAAGAUGUCCAGGGUGGAGAAGGCGUCGUCCAGCGUCAGUCUCUGGAGCCUACCUGGAGGGGAGUCAAACAAAUCUUAGUUUUAGUUUUAGCCAAGGUUGUUUGAGUCACUGUUGGCUCAGUGAAAGAGUUAGUUGCUUUUCAUUGUUCGGCUGUCUAUUUGGCUGCAGGUGUUCAGUGCUGCGAAUAGAAGAUGUCCGAGGUGCAGAAGGUGUCGUUCAACGUCUGAUCAGGUUCAGCUGCUCGUCGCGAAAGUUGCCGGAGCCUGGAGGGGGGAGUCAAGCAAAUCUUUGUUUUAGCCAAGGCUGUUUCAUCCACUGUUGGCUCAGUGAAAGACUUCAUUACUAGAGUAAGGUUUUCAAGAUUUGGAGUCAAUAAAAAGGGCACAAUACUGUGUUUUGUACGUUGAAAUUUUAGUGCUUAGCCUGUUGGAGCUACUGCCGACUAAGUGAGAGUAUACUAUCCUUCAGUUCUGUCAGAUGUCACUUCAUUGGAGGUCUCGAGGCUAGUCUUCUGUGUUAGUGCAGCACCGUAUUUACUUGUGAUUAGGAUGUGGUUCUUCAGUAAUGGAUUUCUGUCUGAUUCUUUUCUUCUGUGUAAGACUUUCAGAUCAAUAAAAGGGGGAAUAAAGUGUUGUUCUGUCGGUA